CAUUGGCUAUGCGAUCGACGGUUGCAUCGGCAUCCACUCCUGCUUAUGCCUUUUCUUUAGACAAGACACACCUUUCAAAAAAUGUAGAUGUGCUUGUAGACGACAAUCUAUCUCUAAACCAGCCGUCUCCUUGGACUACUCCUCUCCAGCCAGAUCGUAUGAAUUCUGCACAAGACCAAGCUAGUCCAGUAGGAUUGACUGAAUCAAUGGAGUCAGAAAUGCCAACAACUCAAAAAGUGAUCUGGGAUAGCCCAUUGGACUAUCCUCCAAAUCGCUCUGUUAAUUCAAUGGAAAUGCAUGCUUUGGCCACCACAUUUGACAGUAGCAAUGUAGGCCACUCUUUUCCUGCUUCACCACUAUGCACCAUGACUAUUUCUGACGAGAUGGUAACUGCAUCCGACAUCACAACUUCGAUUGAAUUGAAUGGUAAUGAAUCAGCACCGAUUGAUAUAACUUUUCAAGACAACACUGUGGCUAGCAGUGCCGAAUGUGAUCAAGAUGAUAGUGACUCGGAAUCAUUUCCUUUGAUCAAUGUUGAUGACGACGAAUGAAUUUAGUUUUAAAUC